GAACUCAAUCAGUUGGAAGCAAUGGCGUAACCUAAACAGAGGCAGAGAGAGCUAGUAGGAGGCGCUGGAGGAAGUUUCACGUUGCCUGUUACAUUUCGCCGACUGUAAACCGUUAGCUCGAUAGGGCGAGUGACGCGAUCCAAAGUACCAAACCUGUUCCAAGAAAACUUUCGAUUCAUUGUUAAUAUCAACAACUAAGUUCGGGGCUGCUGCUAAAAGAAACGCCACGACAUUAGAAGUUAAUUUGCGUUAACACACGCCUCCCCGUCUUGAAGCGGCGUACCGACCGCAGAGAUGGCUUUCGGAAGGUCACCAUUGCUGUUGCUGUCGGCCGUUGCUGUGGUCUUUGGCGUUCGAGAAUUCAAGAUCGAUUUUGAAAAUGACCGUUUUGUCAAGGACGGCAAGCCGUUCCAGAUCAUUUCUGGGAGCAUUCAUUACUAUAAUGUGCCCUAUCAAUACUGGGAAGAUCGCUUGCGGUCAAUGAGAGAUUGCGGAAUUAACACUUUACAGACCUAUCUCGAAUGGCGAACUCUUGAACCGCACGAAGGCGUAUUUGACCUCACCGGACAAAACGAUAUUGUCCAAUAUAUAAAAACUGCUCAGAACCAAGAUCUUCUUGUCAAUCUCAGACUAGGACCGUAUAUCGACUCCGAGCGCGAGAUGGGCGGGCUUCCUUGGUGGCUCAUGCAAGUCAAUCCUGCGAUGAAGCUAAGAACCAACGACACAGACUUCGUGAGCUACGUUGCUCGCUACUGGAGGAAGGUGUUCGGGCUCAUCAAGCCUUUACUUUACACCAACGGAGGACCGAUUAUCCUCGUACAAAUCGAAAAUGAAUACGGUAGCUAUUCAGCAUGCGAUUUCGUAUAUACGUCCUAUCUUCGCGAGCUAGCGAUCGAGAAUCUUGGUGAGGAUGUUGUCUACUACACCACCGAUGGAAAUGGUGACGGUUUUUUGAAGUGCGGCAAAAAUGCUGGAGUUUACAUAACGAUCGAUUUCGGCUCAAGGGAAAGUGUCGACAGCGCGUUCGCUGCGCAACGUCGCCAUCAACGGCACGGUCCACUGGUCAACUCCGAGUACUACACAGGAUGGUUCAAUGUAUGGGGAAUUCAACAUCAUAAGGUUCCCACGGAUGCCGUCUGUCAUGCCCUCGAUGAGAUGUUAAGUAGGAACGCGUCUGUAAACCUCUAUAUGUUUCAUGGCGGCACCCAUUUCGGCUUCGAUAAUGGCGCCCAACUAAGCGGAGAUACAUUUCAACUUUGUAUCACCUCGUACGAUUAUGAUGCACCGCUGGACGAGGCUGGGGACCCUACUGAUAAAUAUUUCGCUAUCAAGGAAAUCAUCAGGAAGUACGCUCCCGUGCCAGCCAACAAUCCUUCACCAAAGCCGAAGCUAUCGCUAGGAAAUGUGCCACUAAACAAAACCGCUGGUUUCAUGGGACUUUUGGGUGCUCUCAGGAUGCUUAAUUCGUUAAUGCCAAGCAAAAACCCCAUGAGUUUCGAGGAGCUCAACCAUCCGUAUGGGCUUGUUGCGUACGAAACGACCAUUCCAUUUCAGCCCGCGAAUCCUGCUGUUCUCAAGGUACAAGCUAUCCGAGAUCGUGGCUACGUUUUUGUGGACCAUCAAUAUCAAGGCAUGCUUUCUAGAGAAGUUCUUAUCAAUCAAGUUGCUAUACGAGCAAGAAAAGGCUCGACCUUGACGAUCUUAGUGGAGAACCAGGGUCGUGUUUGCUACGGCGAUGGCAUAAAAGACAUAAAGGGUAUCAUAGGCGAAGUAAAUCUUGGAAGUAAGACAUUGACGCGAUGGUUUCACUACCUUAUUCCCGAUAAGGCGGAAGGGGACGAGGGUUACGAUAUGUUAACGCCAUUUAUAAAUGACUUCCGUCGCCAGCAUGCCGAUUACUCAGAUCUACGUGACACGGAGGGCUUUGGUGUAUACCAAGGAACGCUGACGCUAAAUGAGAACGACACCCCGAUUCUGUUGGAUACAUUCGUCCGCCUUGACGGUUGGGUUAAGGGCUUCAUCGUUGUCAACGGUAUCAACCUUGGCAGAUAUUGGCCAGCGCAGGGUCCUCAAGUGACCCUCUAUGUUCCUGGCGUAUAUCUCAAAUAUGGUGCUAAUAGGAUCACUAUUGUUGAGCUUGAGGGGGCUCCUGCUAGUCAGAGCAUUACGUUCGUAGAUACCCCUGUCAUUGAUGGAUCGGUACCAACGAUGUAGUAGAAAGACACACGUCUUCACAACUGAUCAUCAUGCUUGAAACGGUGCAUGCAAAAACUGCGCUACUCUGUAUUAAUGCAUUUCCCCAAAUGCCUAGGCGUCUAAAUGGGGGGCUGAAAUAACAACCGUUUAAUGUCUGGCAUGAAAUUUAAGCUAUUUAUUAGGUAAUUUUUAAAAAAAAUGCUAUGUCUGGAAGGUAAAUUGGAAGGCCAAUGGCGUGUAUAUAUGCGUCCGACUCGAGAGUUGAGGAAUAGCUUUGUAUUUGUAUGCUGUUUGUGUUCGUUCAAUGGUACAAUUGUUCUUUUUUUUAUGCAAGACGUUGCUUAGUUACAGCAGUGAUAACUAACAUUCAAUGACGUCACUGCUGAAACAAAGCACGAGUGAUUUAAAUCACUGCAAGUAAAUUUCCCACAUACUACGGUAUGUUGUUGUAUUCAGCAUAGAUUGUGUGCCGGUAACACGCCAUCCACGUUUGGCUUAAUCAGGGGAAUUUCUUCAGUCCAUUUUGCCGUAAACUUCAAUUUUGAUGAACGAAAAAAAGACGUUAUCAGCGGAUCACUUCACAAUAACCUUAGAUUUUCCUAACAUACAUAUGGAAGCAGAGUAUUUCCUCAAAGAACUAUUACCACAACAAGAAUCAAAUGUUUAGAAGAACCUAAUUUGUCUACUGCACCAACUGCAGAUCGAAUUAGUGUAAUUACUGAGACAGGUGUA